AUGAUCUUCGCCGCCCGUCAGCUUCAGGAGAAAUGCCAGGAGAUGCGGAUCCACCUGCACUCUACCUUCUUGGAUCUGAAGAAUGCCCUCGACACGGUGAAUCGUGAAGGACUGUGGAAGAUCAUGCAGAAGUUCGGCUGUCCCGAGCGAUUCGUCCAGAUGGUGCGUCAACUGCACGACGACAUGAUAGCGCGCGUCGCGGACAACGGAGCUGUCUCAGAGGCAUUCACAGUGACUGACGGAGUGAAGCAGGGAUGCGCCCUGGCGCCUACCCUCUUCAGUCUUAUGUUGUCUGCCAUGCUGAUAGACGCCUACCGUGACGAACGUCCCCGCAUCCACAUCGCCUACAGGACGGACGGUCACCUCCUGAAUCAAUGCCUAAUGAACUUCCAAUCACGCGUAUCCACAACCAAAUUCACGAACUUCUCUUCGCCGACGACUGUGUCCACAACACCUUGGAAGCGGACGUACAAAGGUGCAUGGACCUCUCCUCCGCCGCCUGCGAGAACUUCGGACUGGUCAUCAGCACGGAGAAAACGGCGGUCAUGCAUCAUCCGCCACCGAACACGACCCCUCCCCACAAUGCGCCACAGAUCAGGGCGAAAGGAACCCAACUGCCAGUGGCGGACAACUUCCCAUACAUGGGCGGUACCUACUGCCGCAGCACCAAAAUCGAUGAUAUAG